AUGUGGUGUGUUGGAAUGCUUCUUGCUCUGUUCGCCUCGCAGUUGCAGUCAUCGACGUUUGAUCGGUGGGCAGAUGAGGUCCCUGGAUCUGCAGAUUCCCACGAAAUCAAGGCCUAUUCGCAAACCCUAUCGCUCGAGACAUUGCAAGUCAUUGGUCAAGAGAGGAAGGAGGAAUCAGGCUCGACGCCAUACUUGAUCUGUGCUGUACUAGCCUCACCACACUCGGCAGACCGCAGCAAGACCGCCGAUCGUCGCAGACGCGCAGCUAGACCCAACACAUUGCGCAGUCGGCCUUCACGCGACAUCGCAAUUCUGUUUUGUCUGCAGCAUCCUCAACAAAACUGGUGGUCUCUUGGCUUCUGGCCGCUUGCUCAGACUGCUCCCAAGACAGUGGCAAUCGGACAUUGCUUGUCCGGCCCAUCCUCACGCGCACCUCCACCUGUGCAUAGCCUGACAGUCCUCUUGAUGACGAAUUGA